AUGUUUCUAUUUGAAUAUUUACCAAAUGAAUUGAUUAUCAAUCUAUUUGACUAUUUGGAUGAUUACGAUCGUUAUGUAUCAUUCGAUGGCCUUAACCAACGAUUCGAUAAACUUCUUUUGUAUGUCACACAUUCAUCUUGGUUUACUGUGAACUUUUCUAAUUUACAUCAAUCAAAAUUUCAUCGUGUAUGUAAAUUUAUGAAAUCUGAAGACACUCGAUCUUUAACGCUUUCAAAUUAUCGACAUUCUGUUCAUAUCAAUCAAAUUCCAUUAUUUUUCAAUAUUUAUUUUCAAUUGGAUCAACUGAAAUAUUUACAACGUUUAUAUUUGUAUGGCAUUGAUGAUAAUCAAUGUCAAUCUUUUUUACCGAAACUUGAACAAUUACAACAUUUAUCACUUUUAACAUUUAAAUGUCUCACUGUCGUUCGACAGUUUAAUCUGAGUGCAAGAUUUUUGUCAUUGAAAACAGUCAGAACAUUGAAGUUCUUAAGCGAUGGAGGACAAAUUGCGUUUGUUAUGGAUACAUCACCACCUAUAAUUGUCAUAAAUCACGUUCAAUAUUUGAAAAUAAAUCUGUCACUUGACAUUGAGUCAUUGAAUCAGUUAUUGAUACAUCUACCACAUUUGAAGUCACUGGAUAUUAAAUUAACGAAAGAGACCCGAAAUCCGGUAAAUCACAUGGAUGAUAAAUCACUCACUACUUGUAUAGAAACUGAUAUAACCAUUUUGACUAUCGAAUUGUACUCCUACACACGAAUUACAUUCAAUGAUAUUCAGGAAUGUCUAAAAUCAUUUUUUAAAUUAAAAAAUUUCAUUAUCACCGGUAUUGUUAGUGAUCGACAAUUUUUCGAUGGCCAACGAUGGAAACAAUUGAUUGACACUCGCCUACCUAAUUUGGAACAAUUUCAAUUUCUAUUCACUAUUUAUAAAUAUGAGAUUACAAAGCUCAAUGUUACAUCGUUCGAUACAUGGCAUCGAGUACAAUGUGAUUCAAAUCAGCAUGUAACAUCAAUUUAUACAUUGCCAUAUGCAUUUCAUAAGCAAGAAUUAUCAUUACCCUUUCAAUCAAUAUCACCAAAAAUGAAACGAACCGACUACUCACGUGUUCGUCAAUUACGUUUUGUAUCGGCGAAUAAUGCUGCUACUAACGAACAAUCGGUAUUGGAAAAUCGUUGUUAUCCGAAUAUCGAUACGCUCAUCCUAUGGAAAAUAUCUCCAUUUUUGUCGUCCUUGAAUGAUCUUUCAAAUUUGAUUGUUCUGGACACUAUCCGACACCUGGAUAUUGGCUAUCAUGCAGCCGAUAUUCAAAUUCACUUGGAUUUACUACGGCAAAUAUCAAAAAAUUUACAUUCGUUAACUAUACGAAAUUAUGAUCUAUUCGAUGAACUAUGGACACUUGCUAAUAAUCAAUCAAUAUCAUGUAAAACAAUAAAAACUUUAUCAUUACAUUUCACAUACUUCAACAUCAAAUACGUCAAAAGUUUCUGUCAACUCUUUCCCAAUGUAGAAGAAUUGUCGGCCGUUGUACUGAGAUUGAAUAAUAUAUGUUCUGUAGUGAAAUCGAUUAAAAAUUUAAUUUGGUUAAAACUGAAAUGCGAAGAACUGAAAAAUAUGUAUACAACUGAUAUUACACGAUGGUUAAUAUCAUCAAAGAUGUCGAAAACUGUUGAAAAUAUGUCUCAUCCUAUUAAUGAUGAAAUUCAUUUUUGGUUGAAAUAA